AUGGCUGCUAUUUCCUCCCGCUCGUUCUCCGUGGGACUGACCAGUUCUGUCGCCAUAUCGCGCGAGGCACGCCGUGUUAUAAUCAACGCUGAUGUUUUGAAGGCCAGUAAGGUAUGUGCGGGCGAGGUCGUCGCCUUAUCUGCUGCGGGAAACCAGAAGGCGUUUGCGGUGGGUAUCGCAUGGCCUUCCCAAGAAUUAUCACAGGACUCUGUGUUAGUCGCGUCUUCGCUUCUUCUUACCGCCCAUCUGGUAGAGGGCGCGAAAGUAGUGAUCUUUCAACUCAACGGUGCAAGAUUGCCACCCGGCCUCCCGUCUCUGCGGAAGCUGCGAAGAGCAGAGACGGUCCGUUUGACCGAAAUUCUUGGACAACAACGAUCUACGAAAUUUGACUCGGCGUCAUCUCGAGCCGUUGACAAGGGAAAGCGUCGCGACUGGCUGUCCUUGUUAGUUCGCGAAGCACUUGUCGAUCUCAAGUACCUGACUUCCACGCAGACGCUGGUGGUGGUCUAUGAAGGGCAGAUGCGGCGCUUUUCCGUCUCUUUUGUAACCACCGAUCAUGAGACAGAAGACGAGUUUGCGGAGAACUUUCAGUCACUGUCACUGUCCCUUAAUCAACGAUCGUUGCUAUGGACAGUGGAUUGGGACACUCUGGUUGUCCUUGAGGAAGGAAAUGCGGAAACUAACAGUGCAGGACCGGCCAAAGAGAAGAAGCAGCUUACAGAAGGAGACACAAUGCCAAACUCAUACGCAUCUGUCGGAGGUCUCGACAAGCAGAUACAACAAAUCCGUGAUCUUAUAGAAAUCCCUCUCACUCGCCCGGAACUAUUCCGCCAAUUCGGCCUUAAACCACCGCGCGGCAUCCUUCUCCAUGGGCCACCGGGAACAGGAAAGACUCACCUUGCGCGUGCAAUUGCGGCGUCCACACGCUCCACUGUCAUUAUUGUCAACGGUCCCGAACUAUCCUCCGCUUACCACGGCGAGACAGAGUCGAAAUUGCGAGAUGUUUUCACCGAGGCGCGCUCUCGAAGUCCAUGUAUCGUCGUGCUUGACGAGGUUGACGCACUGUGUCCGCGCAGGGAAGACGGGCCCGGCGGGGAGGUCGAAAAGCGUGUCGUCGCUCAGCUCCUGACAAUUAUGGAUGGCAUGGAGGACGGGGGGAGUGACGCGGCGCAGAGGGUUGUCGUAGUUGCCACCACCAAUAGACCAAAUGCUAUUGACCCCGCCCUUCGGCGUCCAGGACGGUUCGACCGGGAGAUAGAAAUCGGUAUUCCCAAUGCGGAGGAACGUUUUUCGAUCCUAAAUGUACUCCUGGCAAAGACUCCGCACUGUGUCUCGCCAAACGACCUCCGCAUGAUUGCAGCGCGUGCGCACGGUUAUGUUGGUGCGGACCUGAGUGCGGUCGUCCGGGAGGCAGGCACGAUUGCAAUCAAGCGCUGGCUCGCCGCAGAGUCCGGCGAACGUAGCAAGCCAUCUACAUCCCCUGAUCCCCCUCAGCUCACCCCAGCAGACCUGCUCACGUCGUUGCCGUCGGUGCGCCCAUCAGCCCUGCGCUCGCUCUUCCUCGACAUCGUGCCGGUGCGGUUCUCCGACAUUGGCGGGCAGGGGAUAACGAUACAGAAGCUGCGUGAAUGCGUCGAGUGGCCGCUGCUGCAUCCCGAGGCGUUCGAGAGACUUGGCAUCCGCGCGCCAAAGGGCGUGCUGCUGUAUGGCCCGCCAGGGUGCAGCAAGACGCUGCUUGUCAGAGCUUGCGCAACGGAGAGUGGGGUUAAUUUCCUCGCGGUGAAAGGGCCUGAGUUGCUGAACAAAUUCGUUGGAGAAUCAGAGCGUGCUGUGCGCGAAAUAUUCAGGAAGGCCCGCGCUGCAUCCCCCUCGAUCAUUUUCUUCGAUGAGAUCGAUGCUCUAGCAAGCUCUCGCUCGUCUUCAGACGCAAGCGGCGGUGCACAUGAAGGCGUUCUGACCAGUCUCUUGAACGAGAUGGAUGGUGUACAAGAACUGGUUGGCGUGACAAUCGUGGCGGCGACGAAUCGCCCAGAGAUAAUUGAUUCUGCGCUCAUGCGUCCCGGUCGCUUGGAUCGUAUUUUGUACGUCGGCCCUCCUGACCAACAGGGUAGAGAAGAGAUUUUGCGCAUUCGCACCCGCAAGAUGAGCGUGGAGCCUGAUCUUGAUCUCCAAGCGAUGGCGCAGAUGACGGAGGGAUACUCUGGUGCAGAGAUAACUGCAUUAUGUCAGGAGGCGGCACUCACAAUGAUGAAGAAAGAUAUUAAUACACCAUAUGUUCCAUAUGAGGCAUUCGUAUCCGCUGCACGGGCUAUAAAGAGGCAGAUCACUCCGGACGUCGUUGCGAAGUAUGAGAGGUGGAGACACCAGAAUGGUGCUACUGAAGUGUAG